UCACCAAAAUUGGAUCAAAAAAAUAGGUGAUCAACUUGUCAGUUCGAUUUGAUCUGGUUUUAUGGUUUGAUUUGGUUUUUCAAUUUUUAUUGUCCAUUCAAUUUUCCAAUUUUUCGGUUCUUCCGAUUUUUAGUACACGGGGAAGACGCGUACGCGCACUUCUCUUCGUCAUCCUCAUUCCCCACCACAACAAUUAAACAUAUAAGGAGCGGAUGAUGUAUGAUGAUGAUGAUGUAUAUAUAUAUAUAUAUUAUAUAAAUAAGCAUAAACAGGAAAGCACAGAGCUGUAGGGACUUCUUGGCGUUUGCUCACUCUGCAUUUUCGUUCAUCUUCCCAAUUCCGACAACACCGCCUCCCUCCGUAUUGGAUCCAUUCCUACUGGAUAAUGGCCGCAGGACAUAAUUAGGGAAACCCCAUCCCCACCGUCAAGAACUUUGAGGAACACAGCACCGGCAAUGGAGUCGGAAUCUGGAAUCUCUCCUCCCCGAAACCCGUCCCAGCUAUCUUGGGUGAAUCUUUCCAGAAACUUGAUAUUAGCUUACCAAAGCUUUGGUGUGGUUUAUGGAGACUUGAGCACUUCGCCUCUCUAUGUUUAUACUAGCAUAUUCAUAGGAAAGUUACAGGAUCAUCAAAAUGAGGAAGUAAUAUUUGGCGCAUUCUCCUUGAUUUUCUGGACAUUUACACUGAUUCCAUUGCUUAAGUAUGUUUUCAUCCUACUAAGUGCAGAUGAUAAUGGGGAAGGUGGGACAUUUGCUCUUUAUUCGCUGCUUUGUAGGCACGCAAGGUUCAGUUUGCUUACCAAUCAACAAGCAGCUGAUGAGGAGCUCUCCGCAUACAAGUAUGGGCCCUCAAUGCACACAGCAGCAUCAUCCUCUUUGAAGAGAUUUCUUGAGAAGCAUAAAAGGCUGCGGACAGUCCUACUUGUUGUGGUGUUAUUGGGUGCUUCCAUGGUUAUAGGUGAUGGUGUGCUCACUCCUGCAAUUUCAGUUCUAUCAUCUGUAUCAGGGCUGCAUGCUACAGAAUCAAAAUUAACCAAGGGUGAACUCCUCCUGAUUGCAUGUGUCAUAUUGGUGGGCCUGUUUGCUCUGCAGCACUUUGGCACCCACAGGGUAGCAUUUAUGUUUGCUCCCAUUGUUCUUAUCUGGUUGUUGUCAAUUUUUGCAAUUGGGCUGUACAAUACGAUAUAUUGGAAUCCAAAAGUUGUGCUCGCGUUUUCUCCACAUUAUAUUAUUAGGUUCUUUAGUCAGACCGGCAAAGAUGGCUGGAUUUCUCUUGGAGGUAUCCUUCUUUCAAUAACAGGUACAGAAGCUAUGUUUGCUGAUCUUGGUCAUUUCACUGCCUUGUCAAUAAGGCUUGCAUUUGCAUUUGUUAUAUAUCCCUGUUUGGUUGUACAAUAUAUGGGUCAGGCUGCUUUCCUGUCUAAAAACCGAUCUUCUUUUCGUAACAGUUUCUAUGACUCAAUACCUGAAAGUGUGUUUUGGCCCAUCUUUGUCAUUGCCACCCUUGCUGCUAUAGUUGGCAGUCAGGCUGUGAUCACUGCUACCUUUUCCAUCAUUAAACAGUGCCAUGCCCUUGGUUGCUUUCCGCGAGUUAAAAUUGUUCACACCUCAAAGCAUAUACAUGGGCAGAUUUACAUCCCGGAAAUAAAUUGGAUUCUAAUGAUACUUACUCUUGCUAUUACUAUCGGAUUUCAGGACACAACUAUAAUCGGAAAUGCUUAUGGUGUUGCUUGCAUGACGGUUAUGAUCAUCACUACAUGUCUCAUGGCACUUGUCAUAUUCUUCCUUUGGCAGAGAAGUUUUCUUCUGGCUUUGGUAUUCCUUCUCUUCUUUGGGUUCAUUGAGGGUGUGUAUUUAACAGCGGCAUUGAUGAAAGUUCCUCAGGGAGGAUGGGUUCCUAUUGUGCUCUCGCUUAUCUUUAUGUUUAUUAUGUACAUUUGGCACUAUGGGACCCGCAAGAAGUACAACUUUGAUCUGCAUAACAAAGUCCCAUUAAGAUGGUUACUUGGCCUCGGUCCUAGCCUUGGUAUUGUCCGCGUACCUGGGAUUGGCUUUAUAUACUCAGAAUUGGCAACUGGUGUCCCUCCAAUUUUUUCUCACUUUGUAACAAACCUCCCUGCUUUCCACAAGGUGUUAGUUUUUGUUUGUGUAAAAUCGGUUCCAGUCCCAUACGUUUCACCAGAGGAGCGCUUCCUCAUUGGCCGGGUUUGCCCUAGACCAUACCGUAUGUAUCGGUGCAUUGUGAGGUAUGGGUACAAGGACAUUCAGCGGGAUGAUGGAGACUUUGAGACUCAGCUCAUCCAAAGCAUAGCAGAGUUCAUCCUGAUGGAAGCCGUAGAACCACAAUUUGCAACCUCUGAGAGUUCGACCCUUGAUGGGAGAAUGGCCGUUAUUAGCACCAGAACCGCGCAGUCAAGCUUGAGCUUAGUAGCAUCUGAGGAGGAGGAUGUUAGUGUUAGCAACACCUUUCAGAGCAGCAAAUCUUCAACUCUCCAGGGUCUGCGUUCUGUUUAUGAUGAUGACAACCCUCAGGUCAGGAGGCGCCAAGUUAGGUUUCACUUGCCAGAAAGCCCUGGUAUGGAUCCUGCAGUUAAGGAAGAGCUGUUGGAUUUGAUCCAGGCUAAGGAGGCAGGGGUUGCAUACAUAAUGGGACACUCGUACGUGAAGGCGAGGAGAUCUUCCUCAUUUUUGAAGAAGCUUGUGAUCGACAUAGGCUAUUCGUUUCUCCGUAAGAAUUGUCGGGGCCCGGCCGUUGCUCUUAAUAUUCCACACAUCAGCCUAAUUGAAGUUGGCAUGAUAUACUAUGUCUAAUCACUAUUGCCUCGCACAAGUGAGAAGGAAGUUGCUGAAUGGAUUAAGCUCUCUGGAUAUGGUCAAGCGAAAAAAAGGGCUCUCUGGAUAUGUAUUUCUUUCUCUCUCUCAUGGAUAGAUGUUCAUAUUGCCUUGCACGAGGGAUAAGGAAGGUGCUGGAACGGUUAAGCUCGCUGGAUAUGCAUAUAUCUAACCGUUUCUCUCUCCCUCUCUCUCUCUCUCUCUCUAUGUACAGAAAUCCUUAGCUUUUAUAGUGGAUUCUAUUGAAUGGGCCAAGCAGGCUUUUGAUCUUAAUUGCAAUUCAAUCAUGAAUGGGAUUUUUACU